GAGAAGGGAAGAGCGAGACAGCCCGAAACGUUUUAGAAUGUGGCUCCAAAGAGAUUUGCACAGUUACGAAAAAUUGUUGGUCUGAAACACGUUUGUUGGUUGCUUGAAUCGGAGAUAAACGCCUUCUCACUCCUGCGCAUAUUGAGCGGCAUACUAUUGCUGCUGCUUUUGGGAAACACGGUGGGGUUCAAGGCAUACGUGGACCUCAACUGUGAGAUACUCGCAGAAGAUUUAACUUGCACUGUACCUAAUCUCUUCAUGAGGUGGAUCAAGACGAUGGACCCUUUACUCCCCCUACUGGUCCUCUGCUCACUUUCACUCAACGCUUUUGGUGGAGAUGUGUGUGUCUCUGGUCAUGAUAGUGGGCCAGUCUUUGAAGAACAGCCAAACAAUUUAAUUUACCCGGAAGGCCUGAGCGAAGGGAAGGUAGUUCUCAGCUGUCAGGCCAGGGCAAGUCCAGCUGCUUCCUACAGGUGGUUGGUGAAUGGCACUGAAGUCCCGCUGGGUUUAGACCUCCGUUACACUCUGGUUGCUGGCAACCUGGUGAUCAGCCGACCUGAAUCUGAUCGAGAUACAGGCUCUUAUCAGUGUCUGGCCAUCAACCGCUGUGGAACUAUCAUCAGCAGAGCAGCUAACCUAAAAUUUGGCUACCUUCACGACUUCCCUCCAGACAGCAGGAGUCCUCAGACAGCUUAUGAAGGCAUUGGAACAUUCCUAGCAUGCCAGCCUCCUCCACAUUACCCAGCUCUAUCCUACCGGUGGCUCCUCAAUGAGUUUCCUAACUUCAUCAAGAAAGAUGAUGGCCGCUGGUUUGUAUCCCAGGUAACUGGUAAUCUCUACCUUGCAAAAGCGGAGCCCAACGACACUGGAAACUACUUCUGCUUUACUACCAUCAACAUGGACAUCAGUACAAAGAGUACCUUCAGCAAAGCUAACCAACUCACUGUGCUGCCUGAAGCCAAUCCAAAGAAGUCAGCUCCAAGCAUCAAAGUGCGCUUUCCAGCGGAGACCUAUGCCCUUGCUGGAUACACUGCCCAGUUAGAGUGCUUUGCCUAUGGAAACCCAGUUCCAAAACUGAGAUGGAAAAAGGUGGAUGGACUAAUGCCAUCCAAGGCAGGUUCUAGUGCUGAGAGUCCCACUCUCAUCCUACCAGACCUUUCCUUUGAUGACGAGGGUGUCUAUGAGUGUGAAGCCCACAAUUCUGAGGGAAUUGACAUGUACCAGGGCCGCAUUAGUGUGCAAGCUCAGCCAGACUGGUUGCAGGUGAUGAGUGACUCUGAAGUUGAGAUUAGUUCAGAGCUACACUGGAGUUGUGUGGCUGCUGGUAAACCCAGACCUUCCAUUCGCUGGCUCCGCAAUGGACAGCCGCUCACUACACAGGCACAGGAUAGAGUAGAAGUAAAUGGAGCUCGUCUCAAGAUCAGCAGCCUAUACCUGGAAGAUUCUGGGAUGUACCAGUGUGUUGCUGAGAACAAGCAUGGAACAAUCUACUCUACUGCUGAGCUACGAGUCCAAGUUCAGGCUCCAGACUUCAGGUUAAACCCCGUGCGGAAACUGAUCCCUGCAGCCAGAGGGGGACAAGUGAUAAUUGAAUGUCGCCCACGAGCAGCCCCUAAGCCGAGCCUGUUCUGGAGUCGUGGGACUGAGUUGCUCAUCAACAGUAGCAGGGUGACUGUGACUCGAGAUGGCAUCUUGUGGAUCACUAACAUCAGCAGGGCAGAUGAAGGGAAAUACACUUGCUUUGCUGAGAAUUACCUUGGCAAAGCUAACAGCACAGGACACCUGUCUGUCAGAGAUGCCACCAAGAUCACACUGGCUCCCUCCAACGCUGACAUCAAUCAGGGUGAGAAUGUGACGUUGCAGUGUCAUGCCUCCCAUGAUCCCACCAUGGACCUGACCUUCACCUGGGCCCUCAAUGGGGCUGUGCUGGACCUGGAGGACUCUUCAGGGCCGUACCAUCGAGUAGAAGGGAAGGAAACCAUUGGAGACCUGUUUAUUGUGACUGCUCAGCUGAGUCAGGCAGGCACGUAUACCUGUACAGCUCAAACUGUGGUGGACAGCGCCUCAGUUACAGCCAAACUGGUGGUGCGAGGGCCCCCGGGACCACCUGGCGGUUUACUGGUAAGAAAUGUUGCAGAGACAUCAGUGGAGCUGAAGUGGAGUCAUGGCUAUGACAACCACAGUCCAAUCGGGAAUUAUGUGAUCAUGGGCCGAUCUUCUCUAUCAGUGACGUGGAAGCAGAUGAUGACCAAGCCAGUGAACAUUGAGGGGAAUGCAGAGUCUGCACGUGUGAUUGGGCUGGUUCCCUGGAUGGAUUAUGAAUUCCAGGUCAUCGCCAGCAACAUCCUGGGCAGUGGUGAACCCAGCAUGCCCUCACAUACCAUCCGCACACAACAAUUAGCUCCCUCAGUGGCUCCCAGUGCACUUGGUGGUGGAGGGGGAGAUCGCAAUGAGCUCAUUAUAACAUGGACGCCCAUGGCCAGAGAAUACCAGAAUGGUGAUGGCGUUGGCUACAUUUUGGCAUUCAGAAAGAAAGACACAUCAUCAUGGACAGAAGUGCGCAUACCUUUAGUGGAGUCCUCCCGAUAUGUGUACUACAACGACACCCUGAUACCAUACAGCCCCUUUGAGGUGAAAAUCAAAGCCUAUAACCAAAGGGGAGAAGGUCCAUUCAGUCAGAUUGCUGUCGUCCACUCUGCUGAGGAAGAGCCAACAGUUGGACCAUUAAGCAUAAAUGUCACUGCACUGACAGCUUUUGAGAUGAAAGUAUCAUGGGAGGCUGUCCUGCAACCUAAUACCAACGGCAUCCUGAGAGGAUAUGAGAUCCGAUACUGGCGACAGCAUGAACGGGAAGCAGCAGCAGACCGAGUGCGUACAGCAGGACUAGAAACAACAGCCAGGGUGUCUGGACUUCGUCCCAGCACUCGAUAUCAUGUUGCAGUUCUUGCAUAUAACAGUGCAGGCACUGGCCCACCCUCACCACGAUCCACUGUCACCACUAGGAAACCACCUCCGAAUCGCCCUCCUGGAAAUGUAUCAUGGAGGACUGAUGGCUCAUUGGUAAUUGUGCGAUGGGACCACGUGAAGGCCAUGCACAAUGAGUCAGCAGUCCUGGGCUACAAAGUUCUGUACAAGCAUGAGGGUCAAACCGUUUUGAAGGUCCUGGACAUGGCAAAGACAUCAGUGAACCUGCCGCUGCCCAAAAACAAUGGAUAUGUUGUAUUGGAAGUGCGAUCUUGGGGUGAAGGUGGGGAUGGACCUUCGCACGAGAUUAUUGUCUCAAGGGACUCAGGAACCGGCAUGAUGGUCCAGAACAUGGCAACUCUCUACAGUCAUUCGCUAAAUCUCAUCAUUGGCUUGUUUAUUCUCAAGAUGGUGUCAGGACUGUGAUUUCAGUCAACUUUUUAUCUUACUAACUACAAUUGAAUGUGUCUGGUGUUACAACCUGUUUUGUGUGGGAAUGGGUAAAAAAUAUAAAGAAAAAAAAAGUACCUAUUUAUUAGAAAGGCCUGUGUGUGUGUGUGUUUAAGUGGCAGAAGAAUGCUUCCAGUCUGAUUGUGUAGGCAUGCACUGGAGUCAAUCAAUAUUAAUAAGGGAAUACUGUAAUCUCGUGUGACAUGUCUCAAACACAGGGUAGGAUAAUGCCAAGACCUUGUACUGUUGCCUUCAUUCACACUCAUGCAUUUAUACACCACCAUGAUUGAUGUCUUGAUGUGUGACAGCAUUAAUUUAGCAAAUUCCACAAACUUACAGUAUAGCAUUUGGGAACUACAAAUAUUUUACGCCAAAUGUGGCAGGGGCUUUACAGGGGCUCAAAAGUACAGUAUUUGGAUAAUUGUAAAUGUAACCAUUAUUGUAUGACUUCAUUAAAAUCAGUUGCAGUCAAUGACAACAUUGAACAGAAUUUAUGGAUAUCAAGUCUUUGGUCUAGGAAGAUGGAGAUGGGUGUGAUUUAUUAGAUGGCAUCACAAGUAGCUACUCUUUGGAUUCUUUAUGAAUACAGGCCGACAUUUAAAUGUGCUUCAUUUGUCUAGAGGUAACAGAGGAAUUGAAUUCUCCUUGUCAAUGCCUCUUGUCCAUCAACUUUCAAGUGACCUGAAAAAUUUGGCUGUAAUCCCUCAAUGUAAAUGCCAUCAUUUUGAGAAUCCUUUUAAAUUAAAACCGAAAGUCUAAACAUCUUGCUAUUUCAAAUCAACUGUGGUGGUCUAUAAAGGAAAAAUGGUAAAAACUCUGUAGUUAUUCAAAAACCUGUAACUGUACAUAUUACAUAUUUACUGUUUGGCUUUUGCAUGUUCAAUCAAAUUUUAUUUCCAGAUUAUGAACUGAAAAAGCCUUUCUGUCAGAGGCUACAAUAGGGACCAUUUUAAAUGAGUAACUCUAAAGCUGAAUCAUGCAAAGCAAGUGGAGUCCCAACUUUACCAAGAAUUAGAAGGAGAAAUUAGCAGUUUCCAGCAUGUUCGAGUGUACUACAUACAGUAAAACAGCCAAGACAAACGACAGAUCGAGUUGUACUUCGUUGCUCUCAUACAAUGAUUUUUGGCGCUACUGUAUUCAUUCUUGCUCUUCUUGAAGAAGCUGUUUGAAAAGUCAAGUCAAGUAAAACAUACCCAUUGUAAUGGCCGGAUUCUAGGUCCUGCUCAUUGAUUUGGCUGUUAUCAUACACCAGCCAUUCAUCUAUUGCCAAUACCGCUUAUCGCCAGUCAGUCGCAGGGCAUGUAAAGAGAAAGAAAACCAUUCUCACUCACAUUAACUUUGAGAGGAAACUGAACUAUUGCUGCCUGCACCAAAGUCAAGUGAAUGUACCACUACACCAUCAGUGACUUGUAAUCAUACACACCAUCUAUGAUGUAAUACUGUAUGUCACUAGUCAGUUCAAAGGUUUUCCGUUUCAUUCUUUUUUUUAAAAUUAAUUUAUUAAAUCAUUUAUUUUAUUUAUUUAUAUAUUUUCAGGAAAGUUGUACAAAAGAAUACAGUGUUUUUCUUUAAAUUUUCCCUGUUGUUUGAUAAUAAUUAUGACAAGUAUAAAAAUGCUAGUGUAAUGUGUUUCACUUUAUUGCAGCUGCUUUUCUGCUGAUAGGGUGAUAUAAAGUUCCUGACAGCGAUAAAAGGGUUGGCCACCAAAGUUAACAAUGUCAUAUAUCCCCUCAUUGUAAUCAGUCAGAAUCUAUCAGCUCUUAUGUAAAACUUUGUCAGAUUUAUUACACUACACAGGAAGAGAUUGAACUCAAGCAUAAUGAUUAUUUUAAACUUGUUUUUAACUUGUUUAAACUGGUCUACUGUCAAUUGAUUUAAUAUUCAGUACUUCU